CCGAGUGAGAGCUUACCGACGCUUGUCUGUUCUCCCUCGGCUUAUUCUAUUAGCGAUAAAUCCUCAAACUGCGGAGUCAAACUGCAAUAUCUGGAAGUGCUUGUUGCUUUCAUUAAACUACAGGGAAGAUGUCGACGAGAACACUACCUCUUCUGUUCAUCAAUCUCGGCGGAGAAAUGCUCUACAUCCUGGAUCAGCGCCUGCGAGCCCAGAAUAUCCCGAGCGAUAAAGCGAAGAAAGUCAUGAAUGACAUCAUUACCACUAUGUUCAACAAGAAAUUCCUGGAGGAGCUGUUCAAGCCUCAAGAACUGUACUCCAAGAAGGCUUUGCGGACGGUCUUUGAUCGACUUGCACAUGCCUCAAUUAUGAGGCUUAAUCAAGCGAGUAUGGACAAGCUUUAUGACUUGAUGACCAUGGCGUUCAAGUAUCAGGUUCUUUUAUGCCCUCGACCUAAAGAUAUUCUCCUUGUGACUUUCAACCAUAUGGAUGCAAUCAAGGACUUUGUAAGGGAUACCCCCAGUAUUCUCAGCCAAGUGGAUGAGACAUACAGACAACUCAUAGAGAUAUAUACUCCUUUGUCUGGUGGAGAAUUUCAACUAAUUAGACAAACAUUGCUAAUCUUCUUUCAAGAUAUGCACAUACGAGUGUCCAUAUUUCUGAAAGACAAAGUGCAAAACUCAAAUGGACGCUUUGUACUCCCUACAUCAGGACCUGUUCCAUAUGGGACACACACUCCAGGACUUAUCCGAAUGUUUAGCUGUAAUGGUGAGGAGAUGAAAAGGACACAGUUCCGCGAUGGUGGAAACUACACCGCUGCCCUUCGCGAGGGUUCUUUUGAGUUAUUUGGUGACAGAGUCAUUAAACUGGGCACAAAUAUGUAUAGCGUGAGCCGGCCAGUGGAGACUCACAUGUCUGGAACCUCCAAAAAUUCUUCACAGCAUACCAAGGUGAACACUAUACCAAACCCCUUGGCAAAGGAAGAGCUGAAUCUGCUUGCUAAACUGAUGGGUGGUUUGGAGGUGCAAAAACCAAGCAAUACUGACUCUGGUUUCCGUGUCAACCUCUUUGCUACCGAUGAGGAGGAAGAGGAAGCUUUGAUUUCGAGACCUGAGGAGCUCUCUUAUGAAGUUAUUAAUAUCCAAGCAACCAAGGACAAACAAGCCAAUGCAGAGUUGGCAAAGAUCAUGGGAGAGUUCACAGAAGCUGGAGAGCCUUCCCCAAGCUCCAGUAGCAAAGGUGAUGACCUGUUGGCGAUGAUGGACGGCCUGUGACUUGGAGUAAAUAUUCAUUUGAGUGCUGUUAAGCAGGCUUGGUCUGGCUUGAUGUUCUGCAGUGUCUCACUUAGUGAGCUGAGAGACCUACCACGUGACACAACAGCAACAACCAGAAGCUAAUGUGUGUUUGUGCCGGUAGAGUCAAUCAUAGUCAGACACUGUCCAUCUUGUUUUGAGCCUCCCACUGUCUUGGAUUCUUUCAUUCUGAGCAGUUACAGUGCAAUCCUGUUCUAUAGUUUUAUGUCAGAUCUAACUGUCUGUACUCAAGCCACUUUACAAAACUUUCCAUUGUUCAGCAACAAAUGCCAUUAAAUGUCAGGUUCGACACUGCCUACAUGAAACUGGUAAGGGUUGCUCAAGCAGUAAUGUAAGAAGGAAAUGUAAGAACAAAGUUAAAAUGGACACUUUCAACACUAGACAUGAUACAGCAAGUAACAAUUGCUUCAUCAUAUGUAACAUUGACCAUCACUUGCUGUGGUUAGCCUAUUAAAGGAAUACGCCAGUGUUUUUCAACCGAAUCUCUAUCGCCACAUCAGUAUCAUACGAUCGGUUACCGUGGACAAUUAUUUUGAUGUGUUUCCCUGAAAUUAGUAAAGAAAACAGUUGAAUUGAAGCACACACCCAGCAUCAGGUGUAACUGCCCUGUUGCUUCUGUCAUCGAAGUGUAUUUGGAGUCAACAGAUUAUUUUCUUUUACUAAGCACAGGGAAAUGUAAAAUUAUUAUCUGUGGUAAGUGACUGCAUGCUGCAGAAAACAAUAGGUUGGAAAACACACACUUCUUUAACUAAAAAUUAUAAAAUGACUAGGGAAAAACACUGUCUUGGGAUGUAAAGUAAGUAGCUUGUUUGCUAUUUUACCUGCCCAAAGUAACGGAAAUAUUGGCAUCACUUUCACUUCAUUCUGUCUUUCUGUAGCUAUGUCUAAUUUGUAUUUCUACACACUCCUUGUUGGGAGUAUUAAUACAUUUGUACACUACAUUUAUUAGGUAGUUGGGCACUUUUAACAUCAGGUCUCACUGAACAUUGAGGGUUCACCUUGAUCAAAUUAUACUGUCACUGCAAUAUGGUGAUAGAUUGUACCCUGCAGGUUGUCUUUGCUUUUAUUAGCUUAAGCUAGUGGAAUAGGGGGUGUAAUGGUCAAGCUUAGUAAUCCAUUGCCACAGUAUAUCAGUGUGCAUCACAGCAAAAUGGUUGGAGUUGACUUACAAAUGCUAGCAAAGCUCCAGAAGAUCAAUGAGGCACAGUUAAUGAGGUUAGCUGUAGUGCAGGUCUAUAUGGUUUCAUAAGAUUCAUGUUCUCACAAAACCAGAGAACGUAUGGAGUAAAAGUGUACAUUUUUGCACAUGGUUGCUCAUUCAUAAAUGUGUAUCGUGCUUUCUUUUUGGUAAU